AUGCACAGGCUGUUAUUCUGCUGUCUCAUCAUUAUCAGCUUUUCCUGUCCUCUCUCAACUCUCCCCAUCAUCAACACCAGUGAGAAGUCUUAUCAACUCCCAGUUGAUGAAGAGUUGAGAUUAAAUCUAGAACGGCUGGGCAGCCUAGGAAGCACUUCUCUGCUUCCAUUUCUGCCAGAGCUCUUGGGCACACUGACUGAAGACAACAAAGCAGGUCUCAGCCCCAGCAGCUACAACUCAGGGGAAAGUAUCAAAGAGACUUUGUAUGGGAAUCAACCUCGAAUUGCUUUGCUGGGCCGCUUCUUGACCAGGGACAAGAAACAGUACAAGAAACGUGGGAAUCUUUCUGAGUGCUUCUGGAAAUACUGUGUGUAA